CUUAUACGUGUGCGCAUUAUGGAAAGCAUUUUCUUACAGACAGCGCCAGUGAGUGUUACAAUUUCUCUCCAUCAUGAUUGCUAGGACAUUACGAGUCCAACACGUUGGCCGGGCCUUGCUCACAAGAAGCAACCUUUCCUUUCGUUGCUACAGCCGCACAUUCGCUCCGUGGCAGCACGCGACGCAGGGCAUGGAGUACAAUCGUGAUUUGUUCGAAUAUACCUCCGGAAGAUGGAUCUACAACGAAUCCCGGCGCCUGGAUGAGCGACGCUUAGUUUUCGACGUCGAUGCACUCAAGAAAGCUGCAGCAGAGUCAGUUGGCAGGCCGAUUUCAGACAUCGAAAGCUUCCGUAAAGUGGCCGAAGGCGGCUUCAAUCGCGUCUUCGAAAUUUCAAUGAAAGGUGGCUCGUCAAUACUCGCGCGGCUGCCAUACCCAUCCACGCUACCACGGCGGCUCGCAGUAGCCAGCGAGGUUGCGACGCUCGAUUUUGCUCGUAGUCAUGGAAUCCCGACUCCACGAAUACUCGGGUAUUCCGUGGAUGACGUCAAGGUCGGCUCUGAGUACACAUUGAUGGAGAAAGUACCGGGGAAGCCCAUUGGAGAAGCCUGGUUCAAUCUAUCCGACAAUCAGAGGCUCCAAAUUCUAUACGACAUCAUCAGGCUUGAAGAGAAGCUUUUCGACAUUGUCCUACCCGCCAGUGGAAGCAUAUACUAUAUCCGUGAUCUACCACCCGACACCCCGAAAGUGGAUAUACCUGGCUCGGAUGAUAAGUAUUGCCUAGGGCCCUACGCGGCGCUCAGGUGGUGGACCGGCGAGCGUGAAGGACUUAGCUUUGACCGGGGACCUCACGGAGAUCCUCUACGAGUUCUUCAAGCAGCGGCCGAGAAAGAACUUGCCUGGAUUCGCGCUUAUGGGCGGCCUCGAUUACCCUUCGAUCGACACUAUCGGGAAGCUCUGCAAUUCCAGAAACAAGAUCCUAAGGACCACGCCAAAUCAUUAGAGGAGUAUAUCCGUUUGGCUCCCUAUCUUGUACCCUCGUGUGCAGAGCUUAACAAGCCAAUUCUUCGACAUCCUGAUCUCCAACCCAACAACAUAUUCGUUUCCGAAAAUUUCAGAGUUACGGGACUUAUCGACUGGCAGCACGCUGUCGCUCUUCCGGCAUUUCUCGCAGCUGGAAUUCCGAACUCGUUCCAAAAUUGGAACGAUGUCGAGUCGGCGUCCUUUACCCCUCCCAAGCUCCCAAAGGAUCUCAGCUCGAUGUCUGAAGGGCAGUGUGCGAAAGCGCGUGAGCAAUUUCGUCGCCGCCAUGCGCACUUCUUCUACCUGGGGUAUACGCAACGGUUUAACGAACCUCAUUGGCGUGUUCUCGAAGAUAGCGUUAAUUUAAUGAAGAGCCGGAUCUACAACCAUGCUGGUGCUCCCUGGGAAGGUCUGAACACGCCCCUUCAACUGGACCUCAUUCAGGUUUCGCAACACUGGUCCAGGAUGGCAGCUCGCGACCCCGAUGACACGGUACCGCCGUGUCCGAUUUCAUUCGCGGAGCAAGAGAAGGAGCGAAUAGAGGCGCUCGACGAGUCACACUGCGAGGUUGAUUCCGACAUGGAAAUACUCAACAACUUCAUCGGCAUCUCCUGUGAUGGAUGGACGACGCAUGAGCGGAUCGCAGAGGCGAAAGAAUUAGCUAGCCAAUUGAAGGAUGAAGGGCUUGCCGCAGCUGACGGAGAUACUUGGCUGAGGCAGAUGAAUGAGCAGCAUUGGCCUCACGAUGAUUUCGAUGAGGAAGGACUGGAGAGUGGAGGUGCGAACUACCCGUAAUACUGUGGUGUAGUGCCCUGAUGAGCACUCAGGUGGGGCUGAUGGGAUGAGAAUAUGAGACUGAAGGUUAUGUGACGUGCGGCUAAUAAGAGGGCAGUGUGGCGGUCGAUAUCGCGUUAGGCAGCUGCAAACAUGUACGAUAACAGAUACACCCUACUCAUC